AUGGACAUGGCGCGACAAAUGGCAGACGGCAAGCCUCUGAAGAAGGUGCGCCCGCGAAGGACGGUCGACUACGGUGGAUCCAUGGGCAGAUGGGCAUUGUUGCGCAAAAUGCGGCCGACCGGAACGUACGUGCCGCAUCUGAGGCCGGCGCCGCCGUACAUCAUCGACCUCCUGCCCCCGAAAGCAUACCCUGACAACCCUUCAACGUCCCUGUGCACGAAGUUCGUGCAUACAUCCACCAACAAGAUCAGGUGUCCUGUGAAUUGCGUGGUGUGGACACCAGAAGCAAGGCGGAUCCUGACGGGCUCGACCAGCGGGGAGUUCACGCUAUGGAACGGCCUCACGUUCAACUUCGAGACGAUCCUGCAGGCCCACGACUCCGCCGUCCGGACGAUGCAGUUCUCGCACUCGGGCGCGUUCCUCGCGUCCGCGGACCAGAACGGCGUCAUCAAGUACUUCCAGCCCAACAUGAACAACCUGACGCAGUGGACGGGGCACCGCGAAGCGAUCCGUGGGCUCAGUUUCAGUCCGGACGACACGCGGUUCGCGACCGCCAGCGACGACUCUACCAUCCGGUUGUGGUCGUUCGAGGAGCAGAGGGCAGAGCGGACGUUGACAGGACACGGGUGGGACGUCAAGUGCGUCGAGUGGCACCCGAGCAAGGGCUUGCUCGUCUCUGGAAGUAAAGACAACAUGAUCAAGUUCUGGGACCCUCGAUCAGCAACACCACUAUCACAAAACACCGUACAAGCUCUCGCCUGGUCGCCCAAUGGCGAGCUCGUGGCCAGCGCGUCGCGCGACCAGACCGUCCGCGUAUUCGACAUCCGCACCAUGAAGGAGCUCCGCCUUCUCAAGGGUCACAAAAAGGAGGUCUGCUCCGUGGCGUGGCACCCCGUGCACCCCGUUCUAGUCUCCGGCGGCUCCGAGGGCUCCAUCCUCCACUGGGACCUCUCCUCCUCCUCCGAGCCCCCCGCGACCCAAGACGCCUCACACCAACCCGGACCCCGCGCGACGCUCUCCCAGGCGCAUGACUCGAACGUCUGGGCGCUCACCUACCACCCGCUCGGGCACAUCCUCGUCAGCGCCUCGAACGACCACACGACGCGCUUCUGGUGCCGCGAGCGCCCCGGCGACGCGUCCUCGGUGUUCUCUGGGGGCGGCGAGAAGCCGCCGGAGGACGAGGACGAGGAGGCGAUGGUGCCCGGGUUCGGGAACGGGCCUCCGGGGUGGGCGAUGCAGGAGGAGGGGCCGAAGGCGGGGGCGGGCCCGGGCGCGCCGGCGGCGGCGGGUGGGCUGCCUGGGCUCGGGGGCUUUGGCUCGGCGGACUGCGCGGACGAUGUCAUCCCCGGGUUCGGUGGGGUGGAUGGCUCGGGCUCGGCUUCGGGCUCGGCUUCGGCUUCGGUGGCGGGGAGGCAGAGCGGGCCUCUGCCGUCGCAGGAGGACAUGUUCGGUCACGGCGGGCCAGAGGAUAGCUUCGACGGUGGGCGGAAUGCGAGUGGAAGUGCGGGCGGACGGGGUCGGAGAUGGGGCCGUGGAGGCGGAGGCGGGGCGGAGGCGGGUAUAGGGAUGGACACGGUGGAGGUGGAGGUGGAGGGUUCGGUGGCUCUCGUCGCGGACGACAUUGAUGGCCUUUACUGGAUGCGUAAAACGACUUCUGCGGGGUGUAGCUCCUCCGUUCCCUCUUCAUUCACCAUCGGCUUUGGUAUACAGUUUUGA